UUCUUAUUUUUUCCACUUUACUUAAACAAAUAAUGUGGAACCUUAACGACUCACCCGAUCAUCACGAAGAAUCCGACAGUAGAGGGAAUCCGGUCGGACACGUGUCAUACGGGACGAGUCAAUCUGUCACGUGGCUACCGUCUGUGCUUCCGGUGACCCGGAAUUUCUUUCCGGCUCGAAGCAUGGAACCGGGAGUUCGUUGCUCCGGUUUCAAUAGUGUCGGUAAGUCGGAUCCGAGCGGGUCGGGUCGACCAGAAGAGGCGGAGCCGGAGAUAUCACCGCCGAUAAAGAAGAGCCGACGUGGUCCUCGCUCACGUAGCUCUCAGUAUCGAGGAGUUACGUUUUACCGACGAACCGGAAGAUGGGAGUCACAUAUUUGGGACUGUGGGAAGCAAGUGUACUUAGGUGGAUUUGACACCGCACAUGCUGCUGCUCGAGCCUAUGAUCGAGCGGCGAUUAAAUUCAGAGGUGUAGAUGCAGAUAUUAAUUUCGACAUUGAAGACUACGUGGACGAUUUGAAACAGAUGGGCAAUUUGACCAAGGAAGAGUUUAUGCAUGUUCUUAGAAGGCAGAGCACUGGGUUUCCAAGAGGCAGUUCUAAAUACAGAGGUGUUACUUUGCACAAAUGUGGAAGAUGGGAGUCUCGUUUGGGUCAAUUUCUCAACAAAAAGUACGUUUAUUUGGGUCUCUUUGAUACCGAGAUUGAAGCUGCUAGAGCUUAUGAUAAAGCGGCAAUAAAGUGUAAUGGGAAAGACGCUGUUACCAAUUUUGACCCUAAAGUAUACGAGGAAGAGCUUAGCCCAGAGACGACGAGGAAUGGUCAUAAUCUUGAUCUAAGUCUAGGAGAAUCAAACUCGGAAGAGUUUGGACUCAAGUCUGAUAUUGCGAGCAUAAGAAAUAGGAUUAGAGAUGAGGAGAGAUUAUUAGGGAGAGAUCUAUCGUUAGCAAUGAUGACGACGACUGUCAGAUCGGAAAAGCAAUCGGACGGUGGAGGAAAUCGAGUGGGAAUGGCAGCAUCAUCAGGAUUCUCUCCUCAACCUUCCCCUUACCGUAUUCCUCACACCUUCCACUUCUCUCGUCCCUGAUUCUUCAUCAUCAUCAUCACCAUCAUUAUCUGAGCUAGUGUUAAUCAAGAUAUGCUUUAAAG